GCACGCCCGUUUGCAUCACUUUUGACCUGCCUCUGUUCUCGAAUAAAUAGAGACUUGUUCGGAUCGCUCGGUCCCGAUUCACUGAAACCCAUCGGCGUCAUCGAGAGAGACCACUUCAUCUGUAGUUAAACAUACUGCUCGCCUAAUCCAAUCAACAUGACACAUCAGUUUCCAGCUCUCUCUACGGAGCAGAAGAAGGAGCUUUCCACAAUUGCCCAGCGCAUUGUGGCUACUGGAAAAGGCAUUCUGGCUGCAGAUGAGUCCACAGGCACCAUGGCAAAGCGUUUUCAGAAGAUAAACGUGGAGAACACUGAAGAGAACCGCCGCAGCUUUCGUGACAUCUUAUUCUCUGUAGACAAUUCAGUCUCUGAAUAUAUUGGUGGUGUCAUCUUUUUCCAUGAAACACUGUACCAGAAAUCCCACCAGGGAGUUCUGUUUCCAAAAGUCAUCAAGGACAAGGGCAUCGUAGUUGGUAUCAAGGUGGACAAAGGCACAGCAGGACUGGCUGGUACCGAUGGAGAGACAACCACACAGGGACUGGACGGUCUGUCUGAACGCUGUGCCCAGUAUAAGAAGGAUGGAUGUGACUUUGCCAAAUGGCGUUGUGUGCUUAAAAUCUCUGACAGCUGCCCCUCUGCUCUCUCAAUUGCUGAAAACGCCAAUGUUCUUGCCAGAUAUGCCAGCAUUUGCCAACAGAAUGGCCUAGUGCCUAUUGUAGAGCCUGAGAUCCUCCCAGACGGAGACCAUGAUCUGCAACGGUGCCAGUAUGCCACUGAGAAGGUCCUGGCGGCUGUGUACAAGGCUCUCUCGGACCACCAUGUGUAUCUGGAGGGAACUCUGCUCAAGCCAAACAUGGUCACCGCUGGACACUCCUGUACCAAGAAGUACACCCCUCAGGAGGUUGCCAUGGCAACAGUGACUGCGCUCAGACGCACAGUGCCAGCUGCUGUCCCGGGCAUCUGCUUCCUCUCUGGUGGUCAAAGUGAGGAGGAGGCCUCUGUGAAUCUGAACGCCAUGAAUCAGCUUCCUCUGCACAGACCCUGGAAGCUGAGCUUCUCUUAUGGCCGUGCUCUGCAGGCCUCGGCUCUCGCUGCAUGGAAGGGACAAGCAGCAAACAAGAAGGCUGCACAGGAUGCCUUUGUCACACGUGCCAAGAUCAAUAGUCUUGCAUCAAAAGGUGAAUACAAACCCUCGGGUCAGGCUGACCAAGCAUCUAGACAGUCCCUUUUUACUGCCAGCUAUGUCUACUGAGAUCAACUACAAACGACAGCAACUUGUUCUGGACAGUACAGAAUUUACAUACAAAGGAUAUUCAAUAUGACAUGUUGAUGUGUACAAAUUAAUGUCAUACAGUUCUAACGAAAAAUGGCUCAACUUAAAUGUUAAAAUGGUAACCAAAAUUAAUUUCAGUUGUCAUGCAUAUGAAUCAUUGUAUGCUUUUCAUUUUGAAAUAAAUGAUAAAAUGCCCACU